AUGUGGAUUCUGUCGCGGUCGCUGCCGCGGCUCUUCACCCAGGCCUGCCGAUCGCGCUGCCGCGCGCUCCCCUGCCACGUUCCGCCUACAUCUGCGCGCCAUUUCGGGCCGAGCUGCGAGUUUAGACGCCGAUUCUCCGACCGAGCGCGCGCCGUGAUCCCCUCCAGCUACAGCGAGAAGGAUCUGGAGGUGGUGGAGUCGAUACAGUUGUUGCUAGAGAAGCGCAUCCGCCCAGUGGUCCAGCAGGACGGCGGCGACGUCACUUUCGUCUCAUACGACCCAGAAACAGGUUUCGUGUACGUGCGACUGAGCGGCGCGUGCGUUGGCUGCGCGCAGAGCGACGUGACGCUGAAGCACAUGAUCCAGGGCAUGCUGUGCCACUACCUGGACGAUGUGGCCGCGGUCCUGAACUGCGACGAGGAGGGGUUUGUAGUUUCCGGUGAGACUGAUGACUCAGAGUUUUAA